GUGAACUGCCUGUCUGCUCACCUUCGUAUUUAAAACCGUUGCGGUCUCGCUUUCGCCGGCUUGCGGUGCAGUUCUCUCUGCCGUCUAAAAAAAAGUUUCACCCUUUGCUCAGGAACUCGAUCGGCUCUCCGGCGGAACUUUUUAUCCCAGGGUUUGUUCAGGAUUGGACGGUAGACAGGGAGCUAAGAAAGAUCAUUUUCAGGUUGUGUGGAAAUGGCGCAGAUUCAGAUGCAGCAUCAGAGUCCGGUUCCAGCCCCCAACGGAGUUGUGGCACCGGGUGCUGCUGCAGGCGUAGCCUCUAACUCUGCUGGUGCAGGGGCUCCGAGCCAGUUCUCGCCGACGUCUCUGUAUGUUGGAGACUUGGACUUCACUGUGACUGACUCGCAGCUCUUUGAUGUCUUCAGCCAGAUUGGCCCGGUUGUGUCGGUUAGAGUUUGCCGGGACCUCAGCACGCGUCGAUCUCUCGGCUAUGGUUACGUGAAUUUCGCGAAUCCUCCGGAUGCCGCAAGGGCACUGGAGGUUUUGAACUUCACUCCUAUCAAUAGCAAGUGCAUCAGGAUCAUGUACUCUCAUCGUGACCCUACUCUUAGAAAGAGUGGAACUGCAAAUAUAUUUAUCAAGAACUUGGACAAGUCAAUUGACAACAAAGCCUUGCAUGAUACUUUUUCAAGAUUUGGCAACAUACUUUCAUGCAAAAUAGCAACUGAUUCUAAUGGACAGUCUAAGGGAUAUGGUUUUGUUCAAUUUGACAAUGAACAAUCUGCUCAAAAUGCCAUAGACAAGUUGAACGGGAUGCUCAUUAAUGACAAGCAAGUAUAUGUUGGACAUUUUCACCGUAAGCAAGAAAGAGACACUGCUAAUGUUCAGACAAAAUUCAAUAAUAUUUUUGUGAAGAACCUAUCAGAAUCCACAACAGAUGAGGAUCUGAAUAAAACUUUUGGUGAAUUUGGGACAAUUACUAGUGCUGUGGUGAUGAGGGAUACAGAUGGCAAGUCUAGGUGCUUUGGGUUUGUCAAUUUUGAAAACACAGAUGAUGCUGCUCGAGCAGUUGAAGCAUUAAAUGGAAAGACAUUUGAUGAUAAAGAAUGGUAUGUUGGAAAAGCUCAAAGAAAGUCAGAAAGGGAGCAAGAAUUAAGAACUAAAUUUGAACAGACUGCAAAGGAAUCAGUGGACAAAUAUCAAGGAGCAAAUUUAUAUGUCAAAAAUUUGGAUGAUAGCGUUGAUGAUGACAAGCUGAAAGAACUCUUCAUUGAGUUUGGCACAAUAACUUCAUGCAAGGUUAUGCGUGAUUCUGGUGGAGUUAGCAGAGGCUCGGGAUUUGUUGCCUUCUCAACUCCUGAGGAAGCUGCUAGAGCUCUCUCUGAGAUGAGUGGGAAAAUGGUAGUGAACAAGCCACUUUAUGUUGCACUCGCUCAGCGGAAAGAAGAAAGAAAAGCUAGGUUGCAGAAAGAGUUUUCUCAAGUACGACCAGUUGCAGUUGCACCAGCCCUUGCUCCUCCUCGCAUGGCAAUGUAUCCUCCAGGUGCACCAGGCAUGGGCCAGCAAAUGUUUUAUGGCCAAGCUCCACCGGCUAUGAUUCCUCACCAGGCUGGAUUUGGAUACCAACAUCAGCUUGUCCCUGGAAUGAGGCCUGGAGGAGCUCCUAUGCCAAACUUUUUUAUGCCAAUGGUCCAACAGGGCCAGCAAGCCCAGCGUCCAGGUGGAAGACGUGGGACCUCACCUAUCCAACAAACUCAGCAGACAAUGCCUUUGAUUCAACAACAGCAGCAGAUGCUUCCAAGAGGAAGGAUAUACCGGUUCCCUCCUGGAAGGAACUUGCCAGAGGUACCCAGUCCUGCUGGAGGUCUUCUUCCAGUUCCAUAUGACAUUGGCACUACACUUCCCCGUGAAGGUCCUAUCAUGGGACAACAACCCGUACCAAUUACAGCCCUUGCUAGUGCCCUCGCAAAUGCACCACCUGAACAACAGAGAACAAUGCUGGGUGAGAAUUUGUACCCUCUGGUUGACCAGCUGGAGCAUGAGCAAGCUGCAAAGGUCACUGGGAUGCUUCUUGAGAUGGACCAAACCGAAGUUUUGCAUCUGCUGGAGUCACCUGAAGCUUUAAAAGCCAAAGUUGCUGAGGCUAUGGAAGUGCUUAGGAAUGUUCAACAGUCAAACAGCCCUGUUGCAGAGCAACUCGCCUCACUUUCUCUUAAUGACAGCAGCCUUGUAUCCUAGGCAGUCGAAGCUUUGUCUGAUGUUUUUUCUUUCUGCUAUGAUGUGUGUUGGGCAUACUGCUUUUUUCGAUCUAGAGUAUAUUUUAUUAUGACUUUAUAGGGAUUUCAAUGGGAAAUUGGGAUCACCCAUUUCCACUUGGAUAAAUUUUGGAAUUUCAGUAGUUGUUUAUCAGAUUAUUCCGUUUGUUGGGAGGCAUAUUGAUGGUGCAAGUUCGUGCUUUUAGUGGGUUUUAUUCGUUUGUGCUAAUCGAUCGCGCGGCUGGAAAGUUGAGUGAAGA